GGCCAAAAUGAACACAACCGUACGGAGUGUCAGUUUAGGGCUCUUACUCAUGAAAGUGAACCUUCAGGCAUUCUGGUCGACUCUGAAAGGAUAUCACCUUUCCACCUUGGAUAUCUUAUAUCUUUGAGGCAAGGGAUUUUAACUUUUAAAAUGGGAUUUAAUUUCAUUUCUGAACCGUACUCCCCUAACCGAUACGGUCGUCAAUUUGGGUUUGCUCAAGCAUGCCCUAUACCACUUAAUGUAUCUUGUCGGCGGCCCUCUGAGUGGUCUAAAUUUUAUUACAACUGGCGCCAUAUGUUACGCUGCGGUACAAAAGUCUCAUUGGAGUUACCAGGCUCCCGAUCUACUUCUCACGUAACCAUGCCUUAUGCCAAUUGGUGGUUGGGAACUUCCUUUACCGUGCUCCAAUAUGUUACUCAUUCCCAGCCGAAAUCUUCACGCAAGAGAAAACUGGAUAUGCCAAUUAAAGACCGAAAGACGAAGAAUCCUUCUUACUCUAGAGCUAGGUCAUCAUCUUCACCUAUUGCUCUGGAAGCAUCAUCACCUCAAAGAAUGGAUAAUAGUCGACCACUUAUUGCUCCUUCUCGGUCUAGUUACUCGGUUUCAGAUCUCCUUCAUCUUUUCGAAGAUAUGUGUAAUUCUCAAUUUAAAAUGAGAUUUAGCUUUGAGCAAGUAGAUUCUGGCCCUCAAUUUGCUUGUCUCGCAAAGCUUUUUCCAGAGACUAUGUCUAUCAGUGAUUGCACAGGAACUUCCCAACCCACCGUAGCGACAAAAACCCCAAUGGAUCAAUUUCGCACGUACUUGUACUCUUUUCUUGAAGAUAAAGAUGAGAAUAUGAUUCAAGAACUCUUUGAGGGAGAUGGGUAUGAAUUAACUGCCUUGGGUCGUAUUCGCAUUAAGAGUGUUGAAAUUCCUUCUCCUACCAAAUCUUUUGAUUGUUCUCUCAAUGGAAGUAGCGAGAGUGAAGAUGAGUUUUAUGACUACACUCCUCUUUUAGAUGGCACACCGACUAAGAUGAGUAAAUCGCCUUCAGCAAAUGUAGCUUUUUCUUCUCCUUCGAACGAGUCACCCAAGCUAUUAGAGAAAGGUACUGCGCCUCAAACUUCCCCAGCUGCCUCGCAUAUGCCAUUGGCUACCUUUAAGGAUCAUGCCACAUUGCAAAAUCCAUGGUCCACUUGUGGGAAUCAGAAUUUGUCACAUUCACCUAAGUCUCUUCAAGCCGUACACCAAGAAAAUACUUCUGACACAUUGGAAGAGACAGACGAAAUUACUUCUGAUACCUUGGAAGAGGCCCAAAUUCUUGCUGACUUACUUGAAGCAAAUGGGGUUAACAAAUUAUUUGACAAACUUGAAGCACCCUUUGCUCCAUCUAACCUUCUUUUGGGAACUUCUUCUAACGAAGCAGCCACCCAUAUUCAGAAAGGUCUUACUAUUUCCCUCCAAUCAAUGACGGAUGUUAAUGACAUGAUUGCUGUAGCAAACAACGUUUUCAUGAUUUUGAAGAGUUUGGGUGUAGACUUCAUCUCCUUUUAUGAGAAGGUUAAGAUAUUCCUUGAGUGCUUUGCUUUGAAAACCCAACUUGCAGAUUCUUCAAACUUGUCUACUGCAGAAUUUGAGGCCCAAUAUUAUGAGAAGAAGCUUCAUUUCGACAAAGUUUCUGGCGAACAUGAACAAUUGUCUGCUUCAAUUAUCAAGUCGGAUGAGCACAUUGCGGGUCUUAAUCAAAGGAUUAUUCAAACUAAAGAGUUACUCAAACAACUUGAAGAAGAAUUGUCAUCCACCCAAGCUGAACGUGCAUCCUUUAUGUGUGAUUUUGCACAAGCUUCCGAGAGUGUUUCUAAAUCAGAAGAAGGCAUGCAAAUUGCUCAGAAUGUUUUGAACCAACACAAGAAGAAGAAUGGACAACACAGUGUUGUGGAACGUGCUUUUGAAAGGGCUAAGGCUUCUCUUAAUGAAUGA